UCGGCGCCUCCGCUUUUUGCAGGGGGUGCUCUAGAGGUCUGGUCGUUACCGUGUGAAUGGCAGCCUGUCCUGCUGGCGGACACGCAGGCUGCCCGGACACGGGGCGAAGGCAUGGACGCGUUUUUGCGUGAGUUUCGAGGGGCGAGCGACGUGGAGGUGCUGUGGCUGCAGGAAGUGUACGCUUUCACCCAGAAGAACCUGCUUCCUGUGGCAGAGCUUGCUGGGAGCGAUGCUGGGAGGCUGCUGGCCAGUGGACUGGUCAGACUGGUCAAGGCGUUGCUGGGGGAGGGCGCUGUCCUGCCAGUCAGCUACAGGCUGGUCUCCCUCUCUCACCUCCUCUCCCUCCAGAGGUCUCCCUGCUGCAGUCACCUGACCUGGAGCUCCAGCCGCUACAAAUCCUGGGCCAGCGAAGGGGAGCAGGAGCUGGCGGUCAAUCACAAGGCCCUGCCCCGAGCCAACCUCAUCCUGAUUGGCCGGCUGACGGACAGGGGUCCCGAGGAGCAGGUGCAUGAUGGGAGCCUGUUUGUGAGAGACGCUAGCGGAGCGCUGCACUGUGAGCUGGUGAAGCCGGAUCUUGAUUGGCUUGGGAAACUGCUGCUGUUCCCCAGCUGGAACUACAUCCCCCAGAGUGCCGUGCGCCCCGGACAGGAAGCGGGGGGUUACCUGGAGAUCAGCGAGGCCCCCGUGCCCCUGUACACCGCCCCCGCGCCCCCCACGCCAGGGGAACCCCAAGAUCAACCCCGGCUGAGCGCAGAGAGAGCGCGAGAGCUGCUGCUGGUUCGGCGCUGUUCUCGAGGGCUGAGGCUCAGUGUGUAUGGAGAAGUGGCUCACCUCUGCCCCCUGCUGACGAUCAAGGAGAAGACGUUCUUCUACUGCCUCCUGAGAUUCUCGGAGAGCGAGGCAGCCGUGCCUGUGCUGGUCAUGGGUCGCGGGAAGCUGUGCUGGCACCGGUUCCUCCAGCAGGGGGCGCUGUACCUGUUCUCGGCUCUGCGGGUGUGUAUCCUGGGGGUCACAGGUCACAGGGUGCUGUGCGUGACGCCUCAGUCCAGCCUGACCUCCCUUCCCUGCGCCCCCCAAUCCAGCGGGGAGCAAGAGAGACUUCAGGAGAUCCUCCGAGAGUCCAGGGGGCGCCGUGAGAGGAGAGAAGAGACAGAGAGACAGAGGAGAGAGGAGGGGGAGGGGGAGGAGGAGGAGAGGAGAGACCGAAACAGGAAGAAAUCAAAAGUCAUCCCGUAUAAGGGUGUGAUAACGCGGGUGUUGAACAUGACUGCCGGGCUGUUUGAACUGGACGGGAGGCUGGGUUUGUGCCUGGCCUAUCAGCAGGUCCUGAACGGGGGGCGCGGCCUGCGACCUGGGGCCAGGAUCGAGCUCCACGACGCUCACUUGCUCUUUGUGCGCAACACAGUGCCGGGCCUGCCUCCCAUGAUGCUCUGCUGCUGCCUGCGCGGCUCGCUGGCGGUCCUGGAGUUCAGUAGGCUGGGAUCCGGGUUCGAGCCAUUCCCCUGGCUGGGGAAUCUGUACUGCAGGGCUCUGAUGGAGGGGCAGCUGGAGGUGGGGGAGUACCUGUGGGGCUGUGCGGCUGUGGAGACCCUGACUCGGCGGUUUUGCCCUCGCUUGGUGAGUCUCUCUCGCAUGGCCUUCAGUGUGGCGGGGCGCUUCCUGAGCUCGGUUCUGGUCACCGAGGAAACGGGACGGAGACACAAGAGGGACAUUUACAGAGAGAUGCUGGAGGAGCCGCACUGCUGCCCUCUGGUGGAGUACAGUUUACUGGCUCCCUCCUGGCGGACCCCCACUAUCUCUGAGCUGUCGUCCCUCAUAGAGACCCAGGGCUGGGGGGCCCUGUCCCUCUCCUCCCUCCUCCCAGCCUCCGAGAUCCAGCAUCUCACAGGACCAGAGAUCAACACACGCCUCACCUGGUCUGUGUACUGCCAGAGAGUGGAGCAACUGGAGCCCCCUGUGAUCGUGCUGGGUCUGUUGCGGGGGAGCUGUGGCAGUGCCUGUGUGCAGCUGGCAGAUCAGACUGGCUCUCUGGACUGCGUGCUCGUGGAAACAGAGCCCAACACGGGUCACACCUGGGCUGGCAUGCACACAGCCUGGGCUGGCUGCCUGGUCCGGCUCCAGACUUGCUCCGUGAUCAUGGAGAGAUUCCUCAGAACAGAAUUCCCAUCCUGGAAGGAGCUGGAAGAUUCCCAGUUUAUCAGAGAGCGCAGCUGCAGGGUCUAUGUCCAGUUUAGUUUGGACAACGUCCAGAUCCUUAGCCAGUCCUCUGCCAUGGCCGCGCUGCAGAGCAGGGAGAGUGAGGGGGUGGGGAGGGGGAGGGAGGAGCAGGAGCAGGAGCAGGAGGGUACAGCGCCCCACUGCCAGCCAGAAGCCUCAGGACCAUCUGUGAAGGAAACAGCCCCGGAGCCCGAAACAGAUAGAGAAAUUCCUGAUUCUUCUGUUCAGGAUUCCUGGCAGGAGAUCUCCCUUAAAUCUCCUCCCAGGAAAAAACCAGCGGGAGAAACCGGGCUGGGGAAUUCCGUUCGCAAGGGGAAGGCUGUGGGGCUUCAGGCCUGGGUCUCGGUGCUGCUGCGCCUCACAGAGAAGGAAGGGCUGAUGUUUCGCAAUGCUCACCCGAUCAACCUGGUUCCAGAGAACCAGGCUGGGAACAGAACCGGGCUCGGGCUGGGCUUCGGAGCCACCGCCUCCCUGGCAGGGGGACCCCAGGUGUGGAGCACGGACCCUCGAAACAGACCCCUGAGAGAGGAGGAGCAGGGGGGAGAGAGCAACAGCGCCCCACUCAGGGCUGAGCUGCAGUUUGUGGGUGAUUCUGUCCGCUGGUUUGCUCUGAUUCACCCAGGGCGGCUGUACAGACUGGUGGCCCCCAACACUGCGGACCCCAAUGUGUUUGGCCAGCUUUCCAGCCCACCGGCCGUCCUCCCAGUAGGUGCUCCCCAGGGCUCCCAGUGCCCGCUCUUCCUCCCAGUACACCCAGACUGGCAGCUGCAGUGUGUGGAACCUCACCCGAGAGAGGAGAGCUGGAGACAGGACCUGCAGCCCCUCCGGUCAGUCAGAGACGCUCUCUCCCUCCCUCCCCCCCCCUCCUCCUCCCUCCUCUCUUUCUCCGGGCUCAUCCUCAACAGAGUCACUCUGGAUGAAGGCAAGAGAAAGACUGUGAUCAUCCAAUCACAAGGCAGCAAACCAGGAGUCACUCUGGAUUGUGGACUGAGCGUCCAGCUCUCGGUGUGCGAUGCAGACAGACACUCUCAGUGUCUGAAGGUCUAUAUCGACUUCACCCAGGUUCCCUACAUCCCGGGCCUGCUGCCUGGGGCCAGGGUUAACUUUCACCGCCUGGAGAGCAAGCUGUCCAGGCAGGGGAAGGUGUAUUGUCGCUACACUGCUCUGAGCUGCCUGACUGUGGUGGGACUGGGAGGCGACGACUCACACAGUCCCAAUCUUGACCCCCCCCCUCCCCUGGUGGAUCUGGGUGACUGGGCGUCCAACUCGGUGCACAGCAUUCUGGGUAGGGUGCGAUGUCACGUGAGCUCUGUGCUGUUGGUGGAUUUGCAGUGGACGUGUUCACAGUGCGCCAGCGUCUUCAAACAGGAUCGCUGCACCAGAAUCCACCCCCCCUGCAGCUCUGAGAAUGGUGUCUUCCAAGCAAGAGCCAAGUUUGUUGUGGAUGACGGCAGUGGAUUUGCUCACGUUGUCUGUCGGAAUCGCGACGUGUCGACGCUCCUGCGGCUGGGCGGGGCCGAGUGGGAGGAGCUACAGAGGGAGGUCGGGGUCAGAGGUCACGUGAAAUACGACCGCAGAGGGACGAGCGACGAGGAUGGGGGCUGGGAGCAGUGUGAGGACUCUGUCCUGCUGUCUCUCUCCACAUUGUGCUGCAGUGCUGUGGUCUGCAGCCCAGUCCAGAUCACCUGCAGACUGAGCCCAGGCAGCCUGACCCUCCAGCAGAGACUGGAGAAAGCCCAGUUGAAGCGCUUCACUAUCGACGACUUUGAGUUUCUGACCUGGGUUCCACCCCCCCUGCAACUGAACUGCGAGGAGCUGACACGAAGACACUGAGAGAGAGACAGAGAGACACUGAGCGAGAGAGAGACAGAGAGACACUGAGCGAGACACAGCUGGAG